GUCGUACAGAGUUUUCUAAGAAUCUUGUCUAAAGUAAACUUCAUUGCUAAAAAAAAAAUAUUCAUGUUUGUGAACAACAAAAACCCUUAUUUUGUACGACAUCUUACGAGAGAGUGCAUCGAACGGGGCUUUUUAAAACCACGAGUCGUCAUUAAAAAGGUUAAAUUAACCCAAAUAAGGGAAAGGGGAGGAGAAGGCAGGAGGAACCAGAGUCAGCUCAAACCUCCAGUUCCCGUCGUACCCUUUUCAGUGUUGCUCACCUCCUGCAGGAGAGGCUUUCUUGGUGCAAACUUCCUGUGCUCUUGCUGGUGCGUGCCUGCCCGCUGCUCAGCUCUGGAUAUCGCGCAGAAAGAGAGCAUGACGGGGAAGAAAGCUGCACCGAGCCCGUCCGGCGUGAAGGACUGGAUCUGCAGUGCUUACAGCUUCGCCACCGACCGGAACGACUUCAGAAGGAAUCUGUUGGUGAAUUUGGGACUCUUUGCAGCCGGCGUUUGGGUGGCAAGGAAUUUAUCCGACUUUGACUUGAUGUCUCCACAGCCGAUUUCCUGAAUACAAGUGCACCCAGAAUAAGGUGCUUAUGACCAAAAUGCUUCAAAAGGGACUGGAUUUCUGAAGAGCACCAGUGGAGGUCUACUUUCCUUUUUUCUUUGUAUUUAAGAAACAAUAAAACUGUUUGUGUAAAAACA